AGUGGAAGUACACGACAGAUAAUCAACAUCAACACGAUAACUAUCCUCAUGCUCAAGUUGCCACUAAGUGUGUGAAUGGAACGAAAUACAGUAGACCAAAGAUGAUGAACCGGAAUGGUGCAAAAUGGAGUUUCUUAGGAUUUUUUGUUGCAGUGGAGAGUGCUCUGGAACUCCUACCCUGCCGUGAGCGAUCUCUCUUUGCACUAUGCCGGGAAACGAAUUUUGCAGGCUUUACGGGGCCACUUGGCGCACCCCCCGCGCCUUCACAGACGCUCAACUUCGGAACGAGCGCUGGCGCAGCGCCGUCCCCACUAGCAGGGGCUGGACUAGGAUCGCUGGGAAGCGGUUCUUUCGGAUUUUCUGCAAACGCACGGGGCCCCAAUGCCAAUCUGCAACAGCCCCCUCCGGCACGUCCUCCAAGUGGCAUAUUGGGGAUGACGCAGCCGUCACAAGGCGGACCACCACAUUCCAACAGCGCAAGCGCGAUCGCUAGCCGUGUGAACUCACUUCUGGACAACAAACUGCAACAGUACAAGGGUCCGCCUCUCGCUCAAGGUGCCGCUACUAGUACGCAAAAUGCUCCCUCGCCCACAGCGGGUACUACUUUUCCUCCGAACUUGGCAUUCCCACCUCGAACCAGUAGCACUGCGGGUCAGCAGCUGGCAAGUGGGUCCUCCCUGUCUCCGUCGCACGCGCCGGCUUCUUCCGGUAGUACGAUGCCACCGAAUGUCAGCCCGCAUAAGACGGACCCGCUGUUGGCGUACUUCGGACGAGUUGUCAAGCAAGCCUAUUCUCCCGAGUUCCAGGGCUGGUGGCUGAACUUCAAGAGUCGCACCGGGAGCUUCGACAUGCUGAAAUUUGCCUGCCAGGAGGUCAUUCAUUUGGCGUAUGACGCGCGUCGAAACGCGUUGGGGGAACUGUUACUCAUCCGUGAGGAGUUUGAAGAAAUGGUAAAGCAGCCGCCACCAGACACCUCGGCGCUCAACAUGUACUGGAUACCCGGCCUAGUCACACAAAGGUAAUUUUGCUUCUGUACUUAUUUUCCGCACUGAAAUAAGUAUGAAGAACCAAGAGCAGAAACAAGAGCAGCACUUUUAUCGAGAAGGGAUCUAAAUGAAACAAGAAACCUCGUCGAAUUAUAGCAAGCCAAGCCCGUGCCGACUUUUACCAAAAAACACAUCCGCGACAGGAUAAGCGCCGUGAUGACGGGUAUUUUCGCCUUUUCGUCCGCGUUGUUUCACCUGCGCGCGGAGUGCGUUCCGCGGGUGUUCAAGGAUCAGAUGCUGCUCCUGCUCUACAAUAUCCACAGAACAAAACCCAUCCGCAUCCAAUUUGUCAUGCAAAACACGUACUUACCAAGUCACGAGUUUGUCAUGCAAAUGCAAAAAAUGUAUGUGGAUGGGUUUUUUUCUGUGGAUAUACAACUGGGACUCGCUCCACCAUUCCGGGCUGAUGCAGCAGUACUUCUGGAGCUUCCACUACCACUCACACUCCUUUCUUUUGGACCACCCAGCCAAGCCGGCCGAGGCCGACAUCGCCUACUGUGGCAGCAUGCUGUCGCAGGUCCAGGUGCUGCUCGAGCGCGACCUCCAGACCUCGUUCGACGCCGUAAACUACUUUGUGAACAGCGGCGAGAUCCUGGACGGCCAGAUCUCGCUGAUCGCGGUCGGGGAACUCGAGAAGUUCGGGGACAACAUCGAUUCUGAGGGAAAGUUCACGGCCUUCGAAAUUUUGUACCGAAACAUCUUCAAGCGCUGGUUUCUGGAUAAGGGCCUGGUGCAGGAGUUCAUGCGCUUCAUCGCCCGCGGAAACUUUGUCGGUAGCACCGUGCUGGACCUCGGCGCAGGGGGCGGCCACUACACCACGGCCUUCAACGACACCGGCUUGGUACAUGUGUAUGAUGUAGAUGUUGAACGAGAUUCUUACGUUGCUGCUCUUCCUCUGUUUAAUACAUAGCAUUGAGCAUGUGGGAAAUAAGGAAGAUGACGGCUAUGCAAAAAAUGUAGGUGUCUGCGAAAGGCUACGACGCCACGGUGAACCUGUUGCCGAUCGAGGUGGACGUAGAAAAGGAACUGGAGGAGUUUACGCACGGCAAAGUGAAGUAUUUCGACAUCGCUGCUCCUAUCCCGGCCACGAAAACGUCUCUCCAGCCUGCUGAUUUCGUCUUCUGCGUGGAAGUGGCAGAGCACAUCGGCGCGAAGGGGGCGCCGGUUUUUCUGGAAAACCUGAACUACCUCGGCAAGAAGGGCCUGGUGCUCAGUUGGGCGGGCGAGGAGCUGUGCGGACUUGGCUGGGGCCACGUCAACUGUUUGAGCACCCCGGUGCAGGACUACGUCGAGGCGCACACGGACUUCGUCUUCGACGCCGAGGUCACGGAAAAACUCCGCGCGAGCUCAGACAUCUCCUGGAUCAAGAAGAGUGUCAGCUUCUUCCGCAAGAAAACCACUGCACCCGUAUACGCUUACGGCGACGACGAGCAGGAUAACUCCAGCGGAGCGGCCGCACGUGAGCGAUACUACCAACGGAUCGACGCGGCGCUAAAAAAAGCCGCGGAGGUGCCAGAGAAACCGCCGACCAAGCACCAAGAAGAUAAGAGCAAGUACGUCCGCAUGAUCCUGGAGGCGCCGGUUCUGCGCGUGCCGGUGGAGCGACAGCACGAAAUAGUCUUUUCACGACCAGAUGGUGACAGUCCUGCAGGAGGUCGGCAGCCACCGGCGGGAGAACCUGCUUUCAUCUCGCAACCACCAGUUGGAGCGCAGGGCAAUAUUCCAACCCUCGUCUCCCAGCCAGGCUCGGUUCAAAAGGACCUGCCCUCAAUUGCAUCCUUCGCGGCAGUAGGAUCUCCAGCACAGCAAUCGGCCAAACAUCCGCAGUUGGUCGAUCUGCGACACAUUGCUGCGGUCCCCGCCGGUGCGCCAGGUGGAGCAAACCAGCCGGGCAUAGUACCGCAAAGCUUCACGACCCAGAGCCCACAACUUGGGGCCGUGCCCGUCGUCCCUCCGGGCGGGCUUCCUGGAGGCCACGUGGAACAGAAAAUCACCAACACAAUUAGCGACGCCAAAAGUGCCAUUCAGAGAGGUAUCUACGAGCUGGACAAAAUUAAUGAACUCCACAAGAGCCGCCGCCCGAAGGGCGAGCCCGCUCCUGAUCUUCUCAACUACCAGCAAGUUUUUGCCGCACUGGAACGUGACUACGGUGAUGCCGAUCCGUCGCUUGGCGUCCACGGCGACCAAAAGUGGUGA